UAUGGCGGGCCUUCCCUUCAUUGCCUCGUGCUAAUAAUCGACCGAUUCGUUUGUUGUCGGGCAAAUAAAUUCAAUUCAAAGCUGUUUGAUAGACGAAAGGUAGCUGGACGAUACCUUUGGGGCAUAAUUUUACAAAGUCGUCCACAGACCGAAGCGUCCUUUUUGGGUGUAAGCGAUCAUGUCUUUUGAAGAUGCUGGUGAUCUGGCAUCCUUUGCUGCCAUUGCUGAGUCGGCGACUGCUAAUAGAGAAGAGGAGACUGCUGAAGCUAAGGAAGAGCCACAGGAAGUAAAGGAGGAGGAUGCUGCCAACAAUGAAGGAGGCAAUGCUAGUGAACCAAGUGAAGUAGCUGCUGCUGAGGCCACAGACAGCAAUGCCUCUGAAUUGACUAGUGAGCAGCAGCGUACUUAUGCAAAUCUCCAGCCAAUCUUUCUUGCCAUGGAGAUGGGACAGGAGGCAGUUAACCAGGAUCAGGAGCAGGGUCAAGAAAGUGCUACUGUAGAGAUUGGACAGCAGCAAGCCACUUACAUUGCUACUACCAGUGAGCAGUUCACUCAGCCUUCCCAAGCUGCUAGUAUGCUGCUAACUAGUGCAGCCACCUCAGGGGCAGAGACUCCAGCCUCUUUGGCCUCGAUUCUACAAGAUGUUGUAUCAGGAAUGCAGAGUGGAGCAGGCUCUGUUCCAGCAGCUAUCAUCACAGAUCCAAACUCUGGAAGUGGAUCCUUCCUAAUUGUCAAUCAAAAUGGUGUACCUAUUGUCCGACCAGUUCUUGUUUCAAAUCUUCCAGCUGGAGGGGUCGGCCAAGGAAGUGCUGUGAGUGUGUCUGCUGAAACUCUGCAGGUGUUGACAGCAGGUCUUCAUACUGUUGAUGAUGGUUCUGGAGGAAGUGGCCAGGAGACAGUGACUGUUGACGUCAGUGCUGAAGCUGAAGGGGGAAUGAUUCUUGUAGGUUCAAGUGGUGCUGGUGAGUUGUCAGUGGAGGCCACCGUUGAUAUUGGUGCAGAUACUGUUGCAGUGGUAGCUGGAGCUCAGGCUGUGGCACAAGGUGACAAUGGGGCUGAACUGGAAGAAGGUGAAGAAGCUGUUGGAAUACAAAAGCCCAUUGCCACCAGGGCACCAACAGGGAAGCGCAAACUAAGUGAUGGUCCAAGGGUCUGUGAACAGUGUAACAAAAGCUUCAAGUAUCCUUCAGAUCUGAAGAAACAUUUGCAGAUUCACACAGAUAUAAAGAAGUUUAAGUGUGAGGAUUGUGGAAGAUUUUUCCGUCGACUUCAUCAGCUCAAUGUUCAUCAGAGGAUUCAUUCUGGUGAAAAGCCAUACGUCUGUAACAGGUGUGGCAUGGCCUUCCGUCACGACUCCACUGUCACCAUGCACAUCAGAACUCGCCAUGACCACCUGCGCCCGUUUAAGUGCGAAGUGUGCGGCAACCUGUUCGGACGACUGUCCCAUCUCAAGAAGCACAUCCGCAAAGUUUGCGGCGACAACAAGAACAAGGAGAAGCCAAUUGCACAGUGUCGCUUUUGUGACGUCACCUUCCCGACUAAGGGAGAUUUACGCAAGCACUUACUGAACUGUGAAAAGAAAGAAGCCAAAGUUAAGGCUAAAGAAGUCACCUUGCACAUUUGCGAAACUUGUAACAAAGAGUUCGCCAGCCCCUACAACCUACGAAGACAUCAGUUGACCCACACAGACGAGAAACCAUACCAGUGUGACGUGUGCAACAGGCAAUUCAAAGAAAAGUCGUCACUCACCAAGCACAUCAAACGAAAACAUACUGGAGUGGAUCAAGGCAGUCAGACCGAUGAGACUGGUGAACAGGAGGACGGUUAUGUCAAUGUUGACGUCAUAGCCGAGUCUGCAGCGGCCAGCGGCGUCACCAUGGAAACUGAAGAAACCGUUGAAGCUGGUAUUGCCGCUGAGACCGUAGAAGGAGCUUCGACCGUUGACGCCAGCUCUUUAAUUCCUGGAGAAGAAGGAGAAGUCCAAGGCGGUGCUCAGCAAGUGACUGAGGUGGUGCAGGCCAGCGGUGAGGUAGAAAUGGCCACUGUGGAGCUCCAACUCGCCAACGCCGCUGCAGGUACGGCUCAUUCACACGAUGCCUCAGCCUUACAGGCUGCGGUGGAAGCUCUGGUCUCCGCCAGCCAACAUCAGAUAGCUGGGGUGACUCAGGAAGCCAUGGAAGAAGACUCCUCCGCGGGCAAGGAUAUCUUCGAGGGAGUCACCUCCCAAGAUGCUGAGGGUGCUGCAGCACUCAUGGCGGUGUACGUGCCGGAAGUGAAACAGGCAGAAGUAAACUUGGAACUAGUGAACGUGGAUGGCUCCAAGAUGGAGUACGUGGAGACCACCGAGGAGGGAGAUCAGGAAAUGACUGCAGAAGUUGGAGAAGAAGAAAGUUGAUUGACUUCAAGACUCUUUUUUUAACGAUUACAUCUUCAUUUGAUGAGGCUAAAUGGUCGCUUCACUAAAGCACGUUUGCAGCGUUUGAGUUUUACUCAGAGCUUGUAAAAUUUGUGCUUAUAAACUGUAGAUAAAAGUAUGAACGAGUGUCCCUCUCAGCGUUGGUAAGCGGUAAACAUUGUAACUCAGACUAAGGUGUUUGAGGUGUUUGCCUCAGUUAAUCAUACUUAAACAUAUCAUUGAUCAUGCUGUGUUUUAAACUACAUAGUUCUGAUUGUAGUUGUUUAUUUUAUGCAUUGAAACGUGCGUUGACGCGAUAAAUAUAAACAUGGAGUGGUUAAACAGUGGUUGCAUUAAAGACAUAAGGAUCUAAACUUCUACCAGUAUUCCGGGCUCUAGUUACUCAGUAAAUAGAGAGUUACUUUCUCGUGACGGCCAUUUGAUUAAGUUGCUUAAAAAUGUUUUAAACUAAUGUGUUACCCUUUUUCAAAACUAUGUGACUUUUAUCAACACGAUUAUUUACGUAUAACCUUUUCCUGCAAUAUUGAUACAUUUUCAUUGUAUAAGUAAGGACAGCUAAUCAAUCUAUCAACUUUAGGUUUUGUUUUAAAGAUAACUACCUAAAUCAGUCCUCAGAUUGAGCGACAUGAAGACAAGCGAGGAGGAUUAAGCGCUUACAUUUGGGGGUUGAGAACAUUGAGGCUUUUUUUUUUCUUUCCGAAAUGAAACUAGCGAAAGUUUUAUACGAAGUCCUCUGUUAAAAACUUGCAGGAUUUGAUGUAGUUACUUUGAAGUAUGCUCUUACAGCUUUCUCAGCAUUGUAGAUCGUGGGAAAGCUUAGAGAAUUAAUUUAAUUUUGUUAAUCUGGACUUAUGCGAGGGUGAUCACUAUUAUUAAGUAAAUCUUAAUCUUUAGUUUCACAGUUACACUAUUUUGUCAGAAGCUUUGGCAUAUGCAAAACCAAAUGUUAAGUGGAUGACUGAUAACUUCAUGCUUUCCAAGCUUAGAUAAUGUCUUUAUCCGUAGUACAUUCCACACACGAAAUUGUGUUCCUGGUACAUUGUAACGAUCAGAAAACAUUAUGGUUGAUUUAUAUUAUCUAACUGACCGCCAAGAAGUUGAAAUGUAUUUACGUUAAAUAAUUGGGAAUUAAAGACUUACACUAAACUUAGUAACUUU